AUUUAGCAAGCACAACCCUCGCCGUCGACGGUCACCCUCUUGUUCUCAGGUGAAUACAUCUCGUUCAAAGUUAGCUUAUGAAUGGUUGUACAAGAUCGUCUAGAAUGCAGAGCUCGUUUAGUUUAGCCGGUCAGCUGGUGAAGAGGCGAGGAUUUUCGACGAAUUCCGAGAAAAUUGUGGCGUCUGUUCUGUUCGAGAGGCUUCCAGUCGUGAUUCCGAAGAUUGAUCCUGUUGUCUAUGCGUUUCAGGAGUUCAAGUUUAGGUGGCAACAGCAAUAUCGACGCAGAUAUCCUGAUGAAUUUCUAGAUAAAGCUAAUGCCAGGGGAAAAGGUGACUACCAAAUUGAUUAUGUUCCAGCUCCACGGAUUACGGAAGCUGACAAAACAAAUGAUAGGAAGUCACUGCAGAGAGCACUUGACAGAAGGCUCUACCUUCUUCUCUAUGGUACCACUAUUGGGGCACCUGAUAAGAAACCUGUCUGGCACUUUCCAGAAAAAGUAUACGAGACCGAGGAGACACUGCGUAAAUGUGCAGAGUGUGCCUUAGCGUCCAUCCUUGGAGGUCUUUCUCAUACAUAUUUUGUUGGAAAUGCUCCUAUGGCGCACAUGGUUGUACCGCCUACAGAAACUGCACAAGUUUCAUCUCUGAGGAGGUUCUUUUUUAAGUGUCAAGUGAUCGCAACCAAUAAAUUCAAUAUUGAGAAAUGUGAAGAUUUUGUGUGGGUUACAAAGGAUGAAUUGAUGGAAUAUUUUCCUGAUCAAGCUGAAUUUUUCAAGAAGAUGAUCAUCAGUUGAUGCAAGUAGAUUGAUCAUAUAAGCCUCAUAGAUUGUUUCAAUCAACAAAUUCCUGGUGAGUUUGUAAGUGAAAUGGUGGGUCAAGUUAUGAACCCCUAAAUUAUGGGCUGAAGCUGGAGGCUUUGUUUGUUGUUCUGAUAUAAUCUGGAUGAACGAGGAAAUUUCCUCUUCCUAUUCUAAAUGGUUCGAUCCUCUUAUUUUGAUUUCUCGAACCAAUGAAAGUAAUUAUUUGUUCAUUCUCAAAAUUUUGAGUAUCGCUUAUUUUUACAAUAUUGUUUCCUAAUCAUAUUUAAGCUAAAAGCUCUAAUUUAGAGUUCAAA